CUUGGGAGAACAACGACAAUUUUGUCUGGUGCCAACCUGCAUUUUACAAUGGUGGGAGAGCCUGGAGUCACGGAGGUUGGUCUGAGGGCCAAAAUUACAGAGCAACUUCAGGCUACGCAUGUCGAAAUCGAGGAUAUGUCUGGUGGCUGUGGUCAAGCAUUUUCUGCAAUCAUAGUAUCGCCUCAAUUUGAGAAGAAGACAACACUGGCAAGACAUCGGCUGGUUAAUACUGCACUGAAGACCGAAAUUGCGGCUAUUCACGCCUGGACCCCGAAAUGUUUUACACCUGAACAAUGGGAGAAGCAAAGGCAGGAGGGGAAUCAAGCGGUGGCACCGGGCAAAGAUACAACGGGGGAGGUUGUGACGGGGACCAAGGACUGAGGGGACGAAGCUGGAUUCGAUGAACAUAUUGAGGCACCAGCCAAGGACUUUGGGACAGGAUGCAGGCUUGUUUGUAUUGAUGGAGGAAGGCCAUGAUGAGGUCGGAGGAUCAAUGGUGGGAACUUCGACGGCAAUGUAACCGAUUAUGAAGACGGUUUUGGCGUGUAUUAGAGUUGAGCUGUAUGCUGAAUAGGACAAAUCAUCCACUGACAUCCCCUCUUGGCAAGGCUG